AUGUGUACGACCGAUCAAAGGAUGGCAUCGGUGCAGGCUCAGCUUCACGCCGGUGGUGGCACUCGAUCCGUUUAUAGUGCGAAGGACACUUCACCGACGGCUGUGGCUCGCUGUAAGUCACCUUCGGCUACGGCCAUCGCUGUGAAGACACCGUUUUCGAUCGAGGAUAUUCUGUUUCAAACUGGAGCCCAGCAAGCCGUUGGCCAUCCGGACAGUCCGGUUCGAGAACUCGCUUUAGGUGUUCGAGCGGUUCAAUCUCCAGAUGAUCAGCGAGCUGAUUCCGUGGGUGGUUCGUCUGAUGGUGAGGAUCCACCGGAAGUCGUGUCGGUGGGUCGGAAUCUCGUGAGUGCGCGAAAUAAGGACGAUCGACAGGCGGCUAACAGUGGGCGUAAUGGCAAUGUGACCAACGUCGGCAACGUCGGUAGUAGUAGUGCCUCGGGAAAUGGGGGAAAACCCGGUGAUGCUAAUAUGCGCGAUCGGAGUGUCCAUCAGACGAGUGGCGCUGGGAGGGCUGCAGAUGACGAGUAUCGGAAGGUGUUGCACACGGAAAGAUUCGGCACCAAGCUCACUUCGGACCGCAGUGGAACCACGACCGGAACCCCUUCACAUCAUUCCUCCUCUUCCAUACCACCACCCCAACAACCUCCACCACCUCCACCACCUCCUCCACCCCCACCACAACCAUCCGUGGCCACCAACAGCUCACCAGCCGGACCAGUGCAAUUCACCAGCGGACCGUCGGCAAGCGUCAUGUACACGAGCAAUCCUUAUAGUGACCCAGGUUACCUGCAGAUGGCGCUGGGAGCGUACCUGGCUCCGUCGGCCAGCGGUUACAAGACGGUCGAUCCGUACUUCCUGUCACAGGGAAUUUUCGCCAGCUCACCGCUUUUCCCGGGGGCCGGUUGUCCUGAUAUUGCGCUCGGGUUGGGCAUGGGCAUGAGUGCCCUGCGCCACUGUCGACGCCGGAAAGCCCGCACCGUAUUUAGUGAUCCUCAGCUGACGGGGUUGGAAAAGCGCUUCGAAGCUCAACGAUACUUAUCGACACCGGAACGUGUUGAGCUGGCAUCGGCGUUGGGACUGAGCGAGACCCAAGUAAAAACGUGGUUCCAGAACCGGCGUAUGAAGCACAAGAAACAACUCCGACGGCGUGAGGUCAACGCGGCUGACACAACCGGUGGUAGCGGUGCUAGCUCCAACACCAACUCAUCUGCUUCGUCUUCAGGCCGGUUGCAUGGCACCACCGCAUCCUCCUCGUCCGGUUCCGGUUCGUCCUCCUCGUCCACCGGCUCCUCAACAUCCUCCGGACCGUCUGCCGGCGGUGAAAAGGGUGCCUUCACGACGUACGGCAACGGGAAGGGCGGUUCGGGUGGUACCCCCCACGGAUGCAAACCUCCCACCUCGUCGUCUUCCUCCGGAUCCUCCUCAUCGUCAUCCGGUUGCUCCAACGUGGGUACAUCCGGGAACGGAAUGCUCAAAUCUCUGGCCGCCGGUGGACCAAUGCAUUCGUCCUUUAGCCUGGUUAAGCGAUCGGCGGCAGCAGCGGCAGCGGCGGCAGCAGCAGCGGCGGCGGCAGCAGCAGCAGCCAUGAGCAACGGAUCCGUCCUUGGAAUGUCGGGAACUUCCUCUGUUUCACCUCACGGAACUGGCGGAUCGGCGACAGGAUCGAUGCAUCACGCUUUCCAUCCAAGUCAACACGCACACCAUCAUCACCACCAUCACCAACACCAACAGCAACAGCAACAGCAGCAGGGUCCCCCGCACCAUACCCACCCACUGGUGGCCCACCAUCUGUCCCACCUGGGGCCUCCUCCAUCACACCGUACGCCUCUGCACGAAGGUUCACCACUGAGUGAUGACGACGACGAAGACCUGAUGAAUGACAGCGAGUCCGAUUGCAGUGACGUGGACAUAGUAGGCGAUGAGCAGGGUUACUUGACGUAAAGCUGAGAGUGGAUGCUGCGAUUUGGUCGUGAACGAGCGCUGAACGGCUGAAGGUGAGGCGAGAUAAGUCGCUCGAAGGAUGAGCUCUCAUGGGUGUGUGUGUGUGCGGUCGUACUAGCACCGGCAGGUAAUAGUGGUUGUGUUUCGAUGUUUCCGUGCGAGCCGUAGUGUCCUUGGUGAAAGAAAUAGUUGCUAGAAAUAAGUCCCUAUCUAUUAUUUCGAAUGUCGCGAGUUUAUAGGACGAGCUUGUGUUCUAGUCUGACAUACACCACAACAACACGCAACCAAACUCUAGUCGGAUAGCGUACGAUUCCUUGAGUAAACGGUGGGGGAAAAAAAAAUUAUUAAUAAAUCACACGAAAAGACUUCAAAUAAAACCAGAUUG